AUGGCGGCUAGGGACCGCUUCGGUGCCUAUGCUGAGCCGGGGCUAUCACCGCUACAGCGGGCAAUCCGAAAUGCCUGCGAUCCUCAAAACUACGAGCCCAAUCUGGCCCUGAACCUCGAAGUCGCGGACCUGGUCAACUCCAAGAAAGGCAAUUCACCCAGAGAAGCCGCCGUUGAGAUUGUCCAUCUUAUCAAUGCCCGGAACCAGAAUAUCGCCUUGUUGGCGUUGGCGCUCCUCGACAUCUGUGUCAAGAACUGCGGAUACCCCUUCCACCUCCAGAUCAGUACGAAAGAGUUCCUGAAUGAAUUGGUUCGGAGAUUCCCCGAGCGGCCGCCUAUGCGCCCGUCGCGGGUCCAACAUCGUAUCUUGGAAUCGAUUGAGGAGUGGCGUCAGACUAUUUGCCAGACAUCGCGCUACAAGGAGGACCUUGGCUUUAUCCGGGAUAUGCACCGUCUUCUUCUGUACAAGGGCUACGCAUUCCCGGAGGUUCGCCGUGAAGAUGCGGCGGUGCUGAACCCAAGUGACAACCUUCGUUCCGCCGAGGAGAUGGAGGAGGAGGAAAAAGAAGCACAGUCUGCGAAGCUGCAGGAGUUGAUCCGCCGGGGCACACCUGCUGAUCUUCAGGAAGCUAACCGAUUAAUGAAGGUUAUGGCUGGAUAUGACAACCGGCACAAGACUGAUUAUCGUGCAAAGGCCGCAGAGGAAGUCGCCAAGGUGCAGCAGAAGGCUAAGAUCUUGGAGGAAAUGUUGCAGAGCCAGCAACCAGGCGACGGUGUUCCUGAAGGAGAUGUCUUUGAGGAGCUUGCAAAUGCUCUGCAAAGCGCGCAUCCCAAGAUCCAGAAGAUGUGCGAGGAAGAAUCGGAGGACCCGGAAGCUGUUCACAAGUUGCUGGAAAUCAACGACAGCAUACAUCGGACCAUUGAGCGUUAUAAGCUUGUCCGAAAGGGCGACUUCGAUGCGGCAUCGAAAAUCCCCAAAGGCACUUUGGGUACCACAACCGGAGUAUCGAAGAAUGCAAACAAUGAACUUUCAUUGAUCGACUUCGACCCUGAGCCAGCUCCGAGUUCCAAUGGCAAUGCCGGGCCAUCAUCCCAGGGUGGGAGUGCAUUGGAGAAUGACCUUCUUGGACUCUCUCUGGGCGAGGAGGUCCCGGCUCUUGGUGGUGGAAUUUCUCUGGGAUCUUCCAGCAUGGGAUUCCCUCUGCAGACUGGCCCAUCUCCGCCUGCAGCCUCUCCCCAACCUUCACAGCAAGCACCUGCCGCAUUCAAAGCCAACUAUGAUAUUCUCGCAUCUAUGACCUCGUCGCGGCCCAACUCUCAGUCGUCCACCCCAGCCCCUGGUAUCUCGCCUAGGCCUCAAUCGACUGCGACUCCUCCACAGGCAGCCGAUCCAUUUGCAGCGCUGGUAUCCGCCAGCCCUCGGCCAACAUCCGGAGCUUUCCAACCACCCACUUCUCAUGUCCAAGCCGCUCCAUCGUCGUCCUUGCUUGACUUGGCGGCUGGUGUCACUCCACCUCCACAGCCGCAGCCAACGGGACAGGCGCCCGCGGCUGAGGAUGACGAGUGGAACUUUGCAUCUUCGCUUCCACCGAGCAACGCCCUGCCAUCCACGAACAAAGUGCAAGUGCUCAACUCGCAGCUACGUAUUGAUUUUGUCGCUCGACGUGUGCCAAGCGCGCCACGGCAAAUCCACAUCCAGGCUGUCUUUUCCAACACCACUAACCAGCCUAUUGGGGAAUUGCACUUCCAGGUCGCAGUGGAAAAGUCAUAUACCCUACAGCUCCACCCGCAGUCUGGCCGAGAAGUGGCUCCGCAGCAACAGUAUGGCGUAAAGCAGGAAAUGGUCCUGGAUCGUAUCGAUAAUGGAAAGGGCAACUCGGUCAAAAUUCGAUUCAAGGUUUCCUACAGGCUUGGUGCCGAGGCUCGCGAGGAGCAAGGCAUGGUGCCCUCAUUGGGAAUUGCCUGA